AUGGCCGUCAGCUUGCACAUGGCGGAUCCUCUCACCGUCCUGCCCCCAGAGAUCGUCCUCCAAAUCUUACAAUUUAGCCCCGUCUCCACUCUUGCUUCCCUGACCGCGACUUCUAAAGCCUGGCACCGAUUUAUCGACGUUACCCACCAAGACGCUAUUUAUACAUCUGAGAGCAAGACUGCUCAGCCACUUGGAGGUGUCCGCGAUUUCUCCUUCCUCUCCGAUACCCACAGCUUCGCCAAAUUAUUUGAAGGCACCGCAUCAUGGAAAGAUCUGUGCAAACGCCAGACACUGUUAGCCCGUAACUGGGCCGCGCAGCGUCCAGUCAGCCAUGAGUCCGUGGUGCAGGUCGGGAAUGACCCGGUUUGGCGAUUCCGGGCCGACUUUAAGCGUCGCUUUUUCAUUUCCACCUCCCAUGCUGGCGGGUUGAACGUCACUGAUAUGGACACGGGCCGUAUUCUUUGGCGACUUCCCUCGGUAGAUAGCGGGGGAGAAGGAGUUUGUCGACACGCACAUUUAGAGUAUCAGGAUGGAAUGGCCGUGUUCAACGAUGAAGGAGAUUCCGUUGAGGUCUGGCAGACAGACCAUGAAGGUGCGAAGCGUGGGGAGUUCCGGCGCAUCGCUACAUUGACCCAUGAUUGCCAAACUAGAGGGUUCCAGUUAUCCCACUGGACUCUCUGUGUUGUUUCUAACGAGGGUCAGGGCUUUGUCUACGAUAUGACACAGCGGCCUCCUAAGCGGAAGACGCACCUAAAAAUUGAAAGAGGGGGCAUUGGUCAUCUUGACCAAAGCGCGGACAUUGUGAUCUAUUCAAUGGGAGCGAAAGGCUAUUUUGCCUACAAUAAAGAAUCGGGUGCGUUUCUAGGCACAUUGAAGCCGUCUCAAGUGACAGAGAAAUAUCACAUCCCCCCUCCCCCGGCAUCUACUGCUUCUGGGGCUGCAGCUUUAGCUGGAGCCGCGCGACUUGGUCCAAUGCCACAAUCAUUUGCUCCUGGACCUUCCGGAAAGGAUUCUUUGAUACCAAUUCAAAUCGCUAGAGGUCCACUGCCACCACCGGAUGAGGCAGAUCACGUUCGGCAUGGGGAGGACGAAUGGGGAGCGGGAAUGUUGCAUGGCGACCUCUUUGUUGGCUUUUCCCGUGCGGGCCGUGUCUUCAUUUGCUCAGACUUCCGCAAGGCUCUCCGCGAUGAAGCUAGCCUCGCGGCGAAUAGUUCCAUUAUAGAAUGCGACUCAGACGGGUUGAGCUUUGACCUCGGGGGCUGGUUAUCAGUCCGCAAUCACCGUGUGAUGUUCGAGAUUCAAGAUCGGAUCUAUGUCGUUGCACUGGAUGAUGACAAUAGGGUUCAGAACGUGGAUAAUCCCACUCGUGCUUCGUACGCCUUGCUCACUAGUUCCGCUCCGCAGCUUGCUGUGCCAAUCAGUUAUAUGGCGUUGGCGGAUGAUGCUAUUAUGUCUACUUACACAACUCUUGGCUGGCGUGAUUCUAACAGUGCUGGUGGGGUACUUCCACCGCAUGGUGGAGGUAUCCCCAGAGUCUUCCCUACAAAAGUCAUACGUAUAGUCAGCCUGGCUCCUAAUCUCUCUGACGAGGCUUCUGGAUCCGAUGACACAACAGGCGAAGGACAAGCUAGCUCCGGCCCGAAUCUGCCAACUGAAGAUACAUGGCGCACACAAGCCGGGUUAUUACAACUACUCAGCAUGCUUGGAGACGAUGCAGACGUUGAUCAGAGCGAUGGUGAAGACGAGUGGGAGAGUAUGAAUGAAGAUGAGGAUGACUAUGACGAGCAUGAGCAUCAGCAACCACAUACGCAAGAGGGGGCUUGA